AUGUCUAAUUUCGUAAGGAGAGUGGACGUCCGAAACUUCAAUCUAGAAUACGAUUUCUUCAUCUCUGUUUCUCGGCGGUGGUCCGACGCCGUGGUGUUUCUAGACACAGAAUUCCCCGGCAGCAUCUACACCUCCGCCAAACCUCACUAUGUUCUUUCUUCGGCAGAGCGCUACGCCCUGCUUAAAGCCAACGUUGAAGAUAUUCAACCCAUCCAGGUCGGCAUCACCAUCUGCUACAUUGGACGCUACAGCAUCACCUGGCAAUUCGAUCUCUGCGAUUUCGAUAUUAGCCGGGACCGUCACGUUCCUGAAUCCAUCGCCCUUCUCGAAUCUUCCGGCCUCAACCUGAAGCACAUUCGGCGUUUCGGUGUGCCCUUC